AUGUUCAAGACAGUCUAUUUAAUACUUGACGCCCCCGACAGCUACCUCGGCGACAACGUGCAAGCUUGGCAGGGCAUGUGGGAUGCCCUGGCGAAGCUACCAUCCAAUAUCAAGCUUCUUUUUACCUCUAGGCUUAGCUCGCCGACCCGCAGGCUCAAAAUCGACUCCAAAAUGGCUAUCACGCCGAGGGUUGCAGAUAUAAAAACUUAUGUAACGGACCGAAUCAAGAGGGAUACGAACCUGAAUCAAGUACUGGCAAAGACCCACGAGAGAGAACCCGUGAGGAAAAGAGUUACCAGUCUCGCCUCAGAAAGCGGCAUGCUGACAGAGCUGCCCUAUAUUAUGAUACUUAGGUUCCUUUUAGCCAGGCUGCAUUUAGACAACCUCAGCAAGCAUUCCGGUACCUUGGCUAGCAUCAAAAACGCACUGUCCCAUCUUCCCACUGAUUCAAACGCUGUGUUUGAGUCCUCGGCGCUCCAAAUGACCAAGUACAAGCCAUUCGAGAACAAAUUAGCUAAACAUGUCCUUACCUGGGUCGCCCAUGCAAAAGUCGGCCUCACCAUCAGUCAGGUGCAAGACAGCUUUGCCAUGCAGCAGCACAGCAAAGGGGAAAGCUACUACGAUUCCAUACCCUCCAAGGACUUGGUGAUCUCCGUGAGCGCUGGACUAAUAGUUGAGGACUCGAAAAAUGGUACAUUGCGCCUGGUCCACGAAUCCGCACGACAAAAUCUUCGCAGACACGACAUUAUACCUCAAAAUGCCGACUUGACAAUGGCCAAGACAUGCCUAACUUGCCUUCUAAUUGAUGGAACAGAGGAUGAGAAGCAAAGCCCACUUUUGGCAUAUGCUGCAAACCACUGGAUAUCGCACCUUGACCAGGAUUGUCAAAACGCCGACGCGGAAGCCAGAAAUUUGAUAAAGAGGUUCUUUAGGAACAGCACCAAGCUCGCGCGAGCGUUCAACACCAUGCAAGCCGAUCCAGGAUCUGGGUUAGACGGCAUAACGGAACUUCAUGCCGCUGUCUAUUUUAAUCUCCGUUUCUACACCAAGUACCUUAUCAAGGCACGUUUUGAUGUUAAUGCGCGAUGCUCCAAUGGGCAAACCGCUCUACACUGGGCUGUCAAGCUUGGUCGAUAUCGUCUUUUAAAGGAUCUCAUCCGCAAUUCGGCAGACACAAACAUACGUGAUAAGACCAAACACACACCACUUCACAUUGCUCUCAAAGGGCCAGUGGCAGACACCAUUCCCAUCGUACAGAGACUGGUUGAUGGAGGCGUCAAGCUCGACCUACCAGGUCCACAGGGAUUGACAGCGCUAUCAUGGGCUAUACGGUACGGACCUACGGCUGUUGCGGAGAUAUUGCUGAAAAGCCAGGUUAAUUUGAACAGCGAAAUUAGCCCGGGGUGGACUUCUCUGAGAGAACUGUUUUGUCACGACCACUCAACCGCAGAGCCACCAGGUACUUCAGCCUAUACAUGGAACUCGUUAAAAACUGCCGUCCAGGAUCAUGUCAGUUACCUCAUUCAUGUCGUGCUUGGUCUAGGCGUUGACCUCAAUCGCCCAACGAGCCAUGGGUGGCUGCCUCUAACACAUGCAAUCACUACCAAUAGCCUAUCAAGAGUGAGGGCCCUCUUGAAGAGAGACCCAUCGCCGGCCGACGCGAACAAGCGUGAUGAAGGGCGAAACUGGUCACCGCUCCGAUGGGCUAUCUUCCGUAAAAACCCAGCUAUCGUCAAAGUAUUGGGCGAACACGGAGCAGACAUGAACGAGAAGAAUGACGAUGGGUGGAUGCCUCUAAUCCAGGCUGUCGAGGACCAAAGCGAGGACAUUGUCCAGGUGCUGUUGAAAAUGGGUACGCGGCCAGAGACUCUAGACCAACAGAAUCGGCCCGCGCUGCUCCAUGCUGUUCAGAGCCGCAACAAGAAUAUUAUAUGGCUCUUGGCUACCAGCGACUCUGAGUCAAAUAUUUGUCUCCAUAGCAAAAUGCUACUUGAGGUAGCUUUGGCGAACGAUGAUUAUUCCAUUGCUUGGCUGCUAUGUGAAAAUGGAGCUGACCCCAAUGCAACGGAUGGGCAUAUGACGUUGCUGCAUAGGGCUUCUCGCAGUGGGCGUCUCAGAGACGUCAGCUUCCUUCUUAGCUGGGGUGCCGACGACAGCCGUCUAGACAAUGAAGGGUUUACUGCUCUUCACCGUGCUGUGCUAGGAAACUUCGAUACAAUCGUUGCAGAGCUUGUGUCGCGGAUAUCGAGCCAAGAAUACCUCAAUAUACGCGAUCCAAAUGGAAACACAGCACUUGUACUCGCAAUCCUCAAGGGAAAUAAACCAAUGGUGCAGACGCUACUCUAUUCCCAGGCCUCGUGCGAGAUAGCAGACUCCCAAGGCGUGACGGCACUACAUCACGUUGUGGGACUUGGAUUGGACGAAUUUCUGCGGCUGAUGGUGCAUAGGGUUAGCAAUAUCAAUCUUCCAGACAAGAAAGGAUAUUCAGCAUUGCACCACGCCGUAAGAAGCGACAAAAGCAACGCUCAGACUAUAAGCAUCCUCGUGGCUGGUGGGGCUGACCUGAAUGCGAAGACAAACGACAACGAGACACCUUUGAGAUUAGCAAGGCGCCUGAAGAAGGAAGCAUUUGUGAGCCAGUUGCAAAGCUUGAAGGAAUCUUCGAGAAGUCGAGCUAAGAAAGACUAG